AUGGUUCAUUUUUCUCAGUCACUUAUGCCCGAUGUGCCAUUAGCAACAUCAUUACCGACAACAUUUACCUUUCAUCCUAAUAAUCAGCUUGAGGAUCAACCAAUUUUACAACAACAAUCUCUCCCAACUUCAUCUCAAUUAAGUUCAUCCUCAAAUCACCAACAACAACAACAACGAGCAUCACCGAACGAUGAUCGAACAGCAAAUGUCAAUCAUCAAGCACUGACAAAUGAUUAUGAAACUCGUUUACGAUGUCCGAAUUGUGAAACAUGGGUUGUUAAUCUGAGUGAUCACUUACGUAAAACUCACCGAAUAGCAUCCCCAGUUGAUCGUAAACCAUUAUUACGUAUGGCACGUCUUGAAAAACGUCGUAUGACAGAAUCAGCAAAUAAUUCUUUACCAUCAACAACAACUAUGUUAAAAGCACAAACCACAUCGACUAUUGUUGAUAAUGGUUUACCAACAUCACAUACAAAUACAAAUGAAAUAGAAAAUUUACUUUUUAAGCAUGAACACGAUUCAAAUACAUUAUCAAAUCAACAAUUUUCUGUUACGAUACCAGAAAAUAUUUUACUUAAUCAACAAAUGACAAAUUCUAUUGCUCAAUAUUCAUCAACAAAUAAACGUCAACGCAGUAUAGACGAGCAUUUAGAAGAUACAUCUAAUGAACCUUUAUCACCAAAUAAAAAAAAUCGAAUAGGACUUCUUGAUGGAUCUAAAUUAUUACAAACGCCUAAUUCAUCAUCUAACAAGUCAAAUAAAAAGAAUCGAAAUAAAAAUCAACAGCAACAGCAGCAGCAGCAACAACAACAGCAACAACAACAACAACAGCAACAACAACACCCACAAACUAUUAUAAAAACAGCAGCAUCUGGUAUUUUCCCUCAACAGCAGUCUCAACAAACUGUUACUAUACAGAAUAUUGAUGAAAGUUCUGAUGAUCUUUCAAAAAUAUUACAAAUGAUGGGCAAUGAAAUGAAUUUUCUUAAUCAACAUUUGCAAACGACAUCUAUUUUAUUACAAAAGCAACUUGAUUUAGCACGUGAUAGUUUACACGCGUGUUCUGUUCAAUUUGCACACUUGAAGAGAAUGAUUCAACAACAAAUAUGA